AUGGCCAUUGUGGCGUGGACGGAGGACAGCAAGAUCCCGAGCGAACACCUGGCCGACUGCGUCGCCAAGGUCCUCAAGUACGCCAACGAGACCAAGAAGCGUAACUUCCUCGAGACUAUCGAGCUCCAGAUUGGGCUCAAGAACUACGACACCCGCAAGGACAAGCGUUUCAAGGGCUCCCUUAAGCUGCCGGUCGAGGUCAAGCCGAAGAUGACCGUGUGCGUCCUCGGUAACGUGACCCACUGCGACCAGGCUGCUGAGCUCGGCCUUGACUCGAUCAACCUUGACACGCUCAAGACCUUCAAGCGUGACAAGAAGCGCGUCAAGGCGCUCGCCGCCAAGUACGAUGCCUUCCUGGCUUCGGACAACCUCAUCAAGCAGAUUCCCCGUCUGCUCGGCCCCGGUCUCUCCAAGGCCGGUAAGUUCCCCGGCAUUGUGUCGAACAACGACGUCCUCGCCGACAAGGUGGCUGAGCUCCGCUCGACCGUCACCUUCCAGCUGAAGAAGGUCAUGUGCCUCGGCACUGCCAUCGGCGAUGUCUCCAUGACUGCCGAGCAGCUCGAGACCAACCUCAACAUGGCGAUCAACUACCUUGUUUCGCUGCUCAAGAAGAACUGGCAGAACGUCAAGUCGCUGCACAUCAAGUCCACCAUGGGCCCGUCGCAGCAGCUCUACUAA